AUGGCAUGCCCAUUCGUGCGAGAUGUGGUGGAUGAAGAAGCACUUGUGCUGAGGAGAGCCUUCAGGCGAGAAAGGGUCUUCAGGGACCGGUUGGACCCACUGGCCUUCCCUGACGACCAUCUAUAUGAAAGAUACAGGUUUUCUGCAGAUGGCAUCAGUGGAGCCUUCCUGUACUCAGUGGGGGAUGCAGAACAGCUGAACAAGGCCACAAUUUGCCGCACAAUAAGGAGUGUGUGUCUGGCUAUCAAAGCAUUAGCAGAUGUCUUCAUCUCCUUCCCUGGCCACAGAAGACUCUGUGACAUCAAAGAGGAGUUCUAUAGGAUUGCAGGUUUCCCCAAUGUCAUUGGUGCAGUGGACUGCACACACAUAAGGAUAAAAGCCCCCUCAGGUGCCCAUGAGGCCGAUUUUGUGAAUAGGAAAUCCUUUCACAGCAUUAAUGUUCAGAUGGUCUGCAAUGCUGACUGUGUGAUCAGCAAUGUUGUGGCAAAAUGGCCUGGCUCAGUCCAUGACUCCAGAAUCUUUCGGGCCUCUGAAAUCUAUCAGUGCCUAUCACAAGGUGAAUUCUCUGGUGUGUUGCUGGGAGACAGGGGGUAUGGCUGCCAGCCUUUUCUCCUGACACCUUUCACAGACCCCCAGGAAGCACAGCAGGCCUACAACCAUGCCCAUGCCAGGACCAGGGCCAGAGUUGAAAUGACCUUUGGCCUCCUGAAGGCACGCUUUCACUGCCUUCACAAAUGA